AUUUGUACCUGAUCUAAUGAAACAUGAGGGGGAAAAGAAUGGAGACAGACCUGCCUCUCUCUGGAUAAAAAACAAUGCAGAAAAUACCAGCAGUGGUAUGUGGGUGGCUGCAUGCUUCUGUGCAAGAACUGAUGCUGGUGUGUUUGUUCAGUCAGGAGGACUCUUGAGGGGCAGUUCUGAAGCACACCUCUGAGCAGCAGGGAGUUGGAGUGGAGGAUUAACCUCAGUGUGACGUAAGCUUUGGGGAAACAUUUCACAGGGAGGCUGUUCAAGAAGGUGAGAGGAUGACAACAUCACCACCUCCACAAGGCUGCAGCAACAUCGGUGAUGACUAUUACCUGCUCUGUGACGUGCAGAAGGCAUGGGGGAUUGUCCUAGAGUCACUGGCUGCAGCUGGUGUCCUCAUCACCAUUUUCCUUAUCUGCUCACUUUUCUUUCUCAUCUGCAAAGUCCAAGACAACAGCAAGAGGCACAUGAUCUCCAUCUAUUUCUUCUUUCUCUUGGGCACACUUGGCAUUUUUGGUCUCACUUUUGCCUUCAUCAUUAAGCUCACUGACACGACUCGCCCUACUCGCUUCUUCCUAUUUGGAGUAAUCUUUGCUCUCUGCUUUGCAUGCCUCCUCACCCAUGCCUGCAACCUCAGCAAGCUAGUGAGAGGAAGAAAACCCUUCUCCUGGCUGGUCUUGCUGCUCCUCAUUUUUUCCUUUCUCCUGGUACAAGUGGUGAUCAACAUUGAGUACUUAGUCACCAUGCUAGUAAACCAGAGACACACAUUUCUGAAUAUGCCUCGAGAGGAUACCAACAAGGACUUUGUCAUGCUUUUGAUCUACGUGCUCUUCUUGAUGGCCCUGACCUUCUUGGUGUCCAUGUUCACGUUCUGUGGGCCAUACAAAAGCUGGAAAAGGCAUGGGGCACACAUCUUUGUCACUGUCCUGUUUUCGAUUGCCAUCUGGGUAGUGUGGAUCACUAUGCUCACAAAAGGCAACACAGUUUUAGGUAAACCUGACUGGGAUGAUCCUGUCGUGGCCAUUGCUUUGGUGUCCAAUGGAUGGAUCUUUCUGAUUAUGUAUAUCAUCCCUGAAAUUUGUUUCCUCACUGCUCCUCUGAGGCUGGAGGACUACCCUCCAGAAAACAACUUCUGCCAACCCAAGCUCAUAAAGCAGACAACUGGAGUGGACAACCGUGCCUACACCCAAGAUGAAAUUGUGCAAGGAGGCACAGGAAAUCUCAGCUACUCCCCAUACUCUUCUCACUUUCAGAUGAAGACCAUCGACCCCCAAAAUGAUUUCUCCAUCCCUCGACCCAAGGCCCGGACAAGCCCAUACCACGACUACACCGGUGGUAAAGGCCCCAUGUAGCAGGUCUGCAGCAAGCAAAGAGACUAAGUGCCUGUCAGCAAGGGCGUGGGGCAUGGGCCACGUGAUGAUGGAUGAGUUAUCUGGCAGAAGAGACAAUCAACCCACAAUGACAUAAGAGGAGAGGGGUCCUCUCUUCUCCGCACAAGCACCCUCGUAGAUGCCUCUCAUUCCUCAAACACAGCUUUCAGACACUGCUCUAGCCAUCCUGUCCCUGCUCACUGUUUCUGUGUGGAAUGGAGCUCAUCUCUUCUGACAGAGGAACGUGCUGGGAAGAGCCUGGCCUGGCCUAUUUUCAGCAGGAAUGCUGUCGUGCUAGAGCAGCAGGAAGAUCAUCAGCCAGGUCUGCAGCUGGCUUUGUGCCAGCCAGGACUCACUUUGAUCAGCUCAUGGAGACGCUUGCACGCCACAUCUGAUGGGAGAAGAGGCAUCAGCAGGAGCAUCAUCCCUACACAUCCACACUCCUGCCCACCUGUGAACACAUCUCAGGUACUACCAAGGACAGCCCUUCUCUAUCUACCAUUACUUUUGUACCCACUCCCAUCCCUGCCUGAUUCUCCUUCAGAAAUCAGUAGAGGAAAGACAGAAAGAAAGGGUAUUCCCUUUUUCUUCUUCAUAUUCACUUCCAACCCCUUCCUUAUCACCAAGAGAACACAGUGAAGAGGGGGAAGACAAUUUAAACCCAGGCAAACAUCUGCAUUUAUUUGCCCUGACACAUUUUUUGAUUUGUGCUCUGGCAUCAGCCUCCCUCCUAGCUCUAACUUCUGACCACAUGCUCCAGCUGAGCUCUCCAACUUCAUAAACCCUCCCUUCCCACCCCUGCCACCCCAGCCUGUGCAUCCCUGCAGAAAAAACCUCUUCCUUCUUGCAGCUGCUUGCAGUACCCUGGUGGGAUUUAAUCCCAUGCACCUUGGAGCUCUGUCUCUUCCAGAGUGUGUCUGUGGCAUUAACACAAACAUUUCCCAAGUAGAUAGGUUGUGGAGGGUGGACACCCUUCUUGCCAGGAAUGUGUGUGUGUGUGUGUGUGUGUGUGUGUUCUGUGUGGACUGCACCCUGGCAAUGAGCAAUGAGUCUGCAGAGCUGAAUCACUCUGUAGCCUGCUUUGCAUUUGGUAAAUAGCUCUCCAUGAUAUUUCAUAUGUAAAAACACCGAGCUCCCCAAGUGGGUGUGUAUGGUACACUGGUGUCUGACACAGCUAUGUAUUUAUUUGGUACUUUGUACAUGGAAUAUUUAAUUAAUAAAACCCCAA